CAAUGAGCAAAGCGAUGUGAGGGUCGUUCGCACACAAACACUCACUUUUUCUGACAAACACACAAUGACGACGAUGAGCGGUGAUGGGGAUGUGGAGCGCAGGUUCUUCCAGCAGGCUGUGGUGAUCGCGCAGGAUGUGCCCGCGGGCACGCAGCUCGGCAUCGACUGCAAGGCGUGGACGACAGGGCCUCGCUUCAUGGGCAUCAAGAUGGUGCCACCAGGCGUGCACUUUCUCUUUCACAGCGCCGUGGACACCAUGUCGUCAGCAACGCUGUCGGCAGCACCUCGUUCCGGCUUCUUCUUGGUCACUCGCGACCACCAGGCCAUCUUGACGCGGUGGAGCAAAGACACAGAGCGGCUGGAGAUGGUGGAUCUCUCGCCGGAGGAAGAGCAGCGCAUCAGAGAUGGCACACAGGUCGUAGCAAUGGCUUCUCUUCGCACAUUCGUGUCUCCACAGACCGCCGCCGCCCUGGCCGCGGCCCGCACCAGCACCCUCAACGCCGUUGUUGCAAAGCGCGCCCAGCCCCGCACCGGAAGCGCGUCUGCCGCCGCCGCCGCCGCCGCCCCAACCGCCAGCGCCGCCUUCCCGUCCCGCAUCACUUCCGGUGCCACCCGCUUCACCUCCUCCGUCUUUGGCUGCUCCACCCAGGUUCGCUUCGCUCACAUCGAGACCCCCUCCUUCGACAACUACAAGCGCGAUGACUCUGGCAAGGACCUUCGCGAGGCCGACUACUCCCGCCGCGCUUUCACAUACCUCCUCGGUGCCGGUGGUGCCGUUGCCUCCAUCCACCUCGCCAAGAGCAUGGUUCAGGACUUCCUCGACACAAUGAGCGCCUCGGCUGAUGUGCUUGCCCUUGCCAAGAUGGAGGUCGAUCUGUCUGCCAUCCCUGAGGGCAAGAACGUGACGUUCAAGUGGCGUGGAAAGCCCGUGUUUGUUCGCCACCGCACGCAGAAGGAGAUUGACGAGGUUCGCGCCGUCGACGUGGCGUCGCUGCGGCACAAGGAGACGGACCAGGAGCGCGCACCGAAGCCCGAGUGGCUGGUUGUUCUUGGCAUUUGCACGCAUCUUGGGUGUGUCCCCAUUGCCAACGCGGGCGACUUUGGCGGGUACUUCUGCCCGUGCCACGGCUCCCACUACGACGCCUCUGGUCGCAUCCGUAAGGGCCCCGCCCCAGAGAACCUCGAGAUCCCGCAGCACACGUUCAUUGAUGAGGAGAACAAGCUUGUGAUUGGUUGAGAUGCGCGCGUGUUGCGCUCUCACGCGCGUCAUCGCCUCUACUAGCAUGCACACGCACCAACUUAUUGCUCGUGUGCCCGCCUCCUUGCCCACCGCCAUUCCAAGUGCUUGUGAUGUUGAGUCGUGUUGUGUUGUCUCAUCGUCCUUUGCAUUUGUUGGCUGCCCCGCUCUGUUGAUCUUGUGCGUGCAGUUGUGUGCAUGUGCAUGUACAUUUGUAUGUCCUUGGUUUAUGUUGUGUCGUGAUAUGUGUUGAUGUUUGUUUGUGCUUGCUUCCCUUUGGCUCUCGCGCUUGCUUGUGUGUAUGUGUAUGCGUGUGUGUUCUUUGUUCCUGUCACGUUUGACUCAGGUCGUUGUUUGUGUCAUCAGUACACGCGUACAUUACGCA